AUGUUGGCAUCACGCGCACUCCUUGCCAAGCAAACUGCAGUUGUGCUGGCACGCCAGUCCGCAUGUCUGAUGCAUCAUGGCGGAGACUGGGGCAACUGGGGCAACACCAACGUAGCUGUGGUUUUUUCAGGCUGCGGCUGGUGGGAUGGCACCGAUGUCCAUGAAGCCACCUACACCAUGUACCAUCUAAGCCGUAAUGGAGCCCGAUUUCAGAUCUUUGCGCCCAACCAACAGCAGAUGCAUGUUAUGGACCAUAUGAAGAUGCAGCCCACAUCUGGUGACAACAGGAACAUGAUGCUGGAAUCGGCUCGAUUCAGUCACGGUCAGGGUAUGACGCAGAUGAACGAUCUGUCCAAACUCGACGUCAACAGUUUCGAUGCCGUCAUCUUCCCUGGAGGCCAUGGAAUAGUCAAGAACCUGUCCACCUUCAACAAAGAUGGGAAAGACUGCAAGCUGAAUAAUGACGUGGAACGGAUUCUGAAGGAAUUUCAUCGCGCUCGCAAACCCAUUGGUCUGGCUAGCAUGGCUCCUCUCCUGGCCUGUCGAGUGCUGCCCAGUCUAGAGAUAACCAUGGGUUACGAGCGUGAAGAAAGCAGCCGCUGGGGUCGCUGGCCGAACACUAACAUGGUGCAAGCGGUGAAGAGCAUGGGUGCCCGUCACAACAACCGUGAACCUUAUGAGGUUCAAGUGGACGAGAAGAACAAGGUCAUCAGCACUCCAACCUUUAUGUGGGAGACCGACUAUCAUUAUCAUUAUAUCUUUGAUGGUAUUGGAAACAUGGUCAAGCACGUCAUGCGUAUGACUGCCAAGUAA